GUGGUGGUGGCUCCGGGGCCGCCAGUGACUACGGCCACUUCGGCCCCGGUCACCCUAGUGGCUCCCGGGGAGGCGCGGCCCGCUUGGGUACAGGGGCCGACCCAGGCCUCGGCUCCAGCCCCGUCUUCGGCCCUGGCUCCGACGGUCACGGGCGGCACGGUAGUGGUGCUAACUCUGGAGGCCUCACCCGAAGCCCCGAGGGCGCAGGUUUUCUCCGGCCCAGAGCCCCUGGUGCCCGCGGCAGUGGUAGGAGACGAUACGUCUAUGGCUCGGGCCCCAGGAGCAGACUCUCCAAAGACGGAGGAGGCUAGAACCUCGCCCAUCCCUGGACCAGGUACCCCCACCGGAACCCCCACCAGGACCCCUUCCAGAACGGCUUCUGGGGCCCUGACCGCCAAACCCCCGCUUGCCCCCAAGCCGGGAACCACAGUGGCCUCAGGAGUGACUGCACGGGUUGCAGCAGUGACAGCAGGACAGGUGACAAGCGGACAUGGAGCUGCAGCAGCAACAUCAGCAUCAACAGGACAGGCUCCAGAGAACCCCCCAGGGCCUGGCACAGGCCCUCCAGGGACAUGUGAGGCUCUGGUAGCUGUUGUGACAGUGACCCCGGCUCCAGAGCCUGCCGAAAACUCUCAGGACCUAGGCUCCACAUCCAGCCUGGGACCUGGCAUCUCUGGGCCUCGAGGGCAAGCCCCGGACACUCUGAGCUACUUGGACUCCGUGAGCCUCAUGUCUGGGACCUUGGAGUCCUUAGCGGAUGAUGUGAGCUCCAUGGGCUCAGACUCAGAGAUAAAUGGGCUGGCCCUGCGCAAGACGGACAAGUAUGGCUUCCUUGGGGGCAGCCAAUAUUCGGGCAGCCUAGAGAGCUCCAUUCCCGUGGAUGUGGCUCGGCAGCGGGAGCUCAAAUGGCUGGAGAUGUUCAGUAACUGGGAUAAGUGGCUAUCACGGCGUUUCCAGAAGGUGAAGCUGCGCUGCCGGAAGGGGAUCCCCUCCUCCCUCAGAGCCAAGGCCUGGCAGUACCUGUCCAAUAGCAAGGAACUCCUGGAGCAGAACUCGGGCAAGUUCGAGGAGCUAGAACGGGCUCCUGGGGACCCCAAAUGGUUGGAUGUGAUUGAGAAGGACCUGCACCGCCAGUUCCCUUUCCAUGAGAUGUUUGCUGCUCGAGGGGGACAUGGGCAACAAGACCUGUACCGAAUCCUGAAGGCCUACACUAUCUACCGGCCCGAUGAGGGCUACUGCCAGGCCCAGGCCCCUGUGGCCGCAGUGCUGCUCAUGCACAUGCCUGCUGAGCAAGCCUUUUGGUGCCUGGUGCAGAUCUGCGACAAGUACCUCCCCGGUUACUACAGUGCAGGGCUGGAGGCCAUUCAGCUGGACGGAGAAAUCUUUUUUGCACUGUUGCGCCGGGCCUCCCCACUGGCACACCGGCACCUGCGGCGGCAGCGCAUUGACCCCGUGCUCUACAUGACAGAGUGGUUCAUGUGCAUCUUUGCCCGUACCCUGCCCUGGGCUUCAGUGCUGCGCGUCUGGGAUAUGUUCUUCUGUGAAGGCGUCAAGAUCAUCUUCCGGGUGGCCCUGGUGCUGUUGCGGCACACGCUGGGCUCAGUGGAAAAGCUGCGCUCCUGCCAAGGCAUGUAUGAAACCAUGGAGCAGCUGCGCAACCUGCCCCAGCAGUGCAUGCAGGAGGACUUCCUGGUUCAUGAGGUGACUAACCUCCCAGUAACAGAAGCACUGAUAGAGCGAGAGAACACAGCCCAGCUCAAGAAAUGGCGGGAAACCCGGGGGGAGCUACAGUAUCGGCCCUCACGACGACUGCACGGCUCCCGGGCCAUCCAUGAGGAGCGCCGGCGGCAGCAGCCACCUCUGGGUCCCUCCUCCAGCCUCCUCAGCCUCCCUGGCCUCAAGAGUCGAGGCUCCCGGGCAGCUGGAGGGGCCUCCUCUCCACCCCCUCUUGCUCGCAGGGCCAGUGUUGGGCCUGCCCCAGGGCCAGUGGUCACCGCUGAGGGACUGCAUCCAUCCCUUCCUUCGCCUACUGGAAAUAGCACCCCACUGGGUCCCAGCAAGGAGACCCGGAGGCAGGAGAAGGAACGGCAGAAACAGGAAAAGGGACGUGACAAGGAGCGACAGAAACAGGAGAAAGAGAGGGAGAAGCAGGAGAAGGAGCGGCAGAAAUGGGAAAAAGAGCAGGAGAAGGAACAGCAGAAGCAGGAGAAGGAACGGCAAAAGCAGGAGAAGGAACGGCAGAAGCUGGAGAAGGAGCAACAGAAGCAGGAGAAGAAGGCCCAAGGCAGGAAGCUUUCACUGCGUCGAAAGGCAGAUGGGCCCUCGGCUCCCCAGGAUGGUGGGAACAGGUCUUCGGCAUCUGAGGCCCGGCAGGACGCUUACUUCUGACCUCUGCCCUGGGACUGGAUGGCAUGGCCCCCCCUUUUCCCCUCAGCCAAAAGCAGGCCCCUCAGCUGGCUGUCCCUCUUUCUGAGGAAAGUGGCUUGGUUUCUCAUCUGCUUGCCAGCUGUUGAUUCCUACACAGUCAGGACAGUCAGAGUGCAUGGGGUGGCUGCAUUUCCCUGGGAUAGCCGUUGAACAAGUCUGGAACCCCUCACCUCCACUUAGGCCCUGCUGGGGUCUCUGUCACUUCUGCCCAGUUCUCUGUGGGGUCCCUUCCCAGGUGCUGUCCUGAUUGGCCUUUUGUCACCACAGGGGUGUCUCUUGGCGAUGAGAGUCAGCAGUUUUCAGAUUCUUACACUCCAGUUACUCCCCUUAUCCAUGAAAUGGAGCUGGGUUCCUUUUUCCCUUUUUCAGUCCUGCCUGUCUCUUCCACUUCCUGGCUGGGGGUGAAGGCCCUCCUUGUUCAACUUCUGGACAUCUCUGUAUUGUAAUUAUGUACAGAGGACCUGGUUGGCCCAGGAUAGGGGAGUUCGCUCUAUCUUCUAUCCUUUGGUUCUUCCACAAUGUUCUUGCACUCUAGUUUAUUUAAUGGGACAUGCACUGGAACAGGAAAUGUCCCCCACUUCCUCACAUACCACCAUUCUCCUUGCUUUCUCCCUCUUCACCUACCUUCCCCUGCUUUGUCGCACCAGGGUCCCCACCUUUCAUCUUAUUCCCUUCCAACCCUCUGGCCCCUCUCUGGGAGGGGGUCUUCCCUUAAGCUCCAGGGGGUGGAACCCAAUGUUUACAUUCUCUCCUGUCUCUGCCCCCACCCAAUAUGGCCUUUGAGGAACCAGAAAAGAACCCACUGUUGUAGCUGG